AUGCAUAAUACACGACGCAAAGGACUACCGUUAGAACCGUUUCAACAAGACCUCACUACCUUUGAGCGAAGUGUCAGAAAAGCAACACACUCAUCUCAAAGGAAUCUCAACAUGGAGAACGAAAACGAUGCUCCUCCUGGAUUCAACAAUGCGGGUGAUAAUCGAGUGAUCCCGCAGAAUCAAAAUCAGCAGAAUCCGCAGAAUGCUCAAGGACAGAACAAUGAAGGGCCUCGAGUGAAAACACUGAUGGAAAUAUUUCAGCCAAAUGUGGGAAACAACACCCAUGGCUAUUUUGCACAUCCUGUGCCGACUACCCAUUAUGAGAUCAAGACGAGUGUCAUUCAGCUGUUGAAGGAUAACUGCCAGUUCUAUGGGCUGCCUAGGGAAGAUCCUAACGCACAUCUUGCAAACUUCUUGGAAGUAUGUAGCACAUUCAAGAUGAACAACAUGACUGACGACGAGGUAUGGCUUCGCCUGUUCCCAUUUUCUCUGAGGGAUAAGGCGAAACAAUGGCUUCACGCUCUACCUAGCGCAGGAAUUAACACUUGGUCUGAUUUGGCGAAAGCGUUCUUGCACAAGUAUUUCUCCAUGGCAAAGACUGCAAAGCUGACUAGGGAUAUUAUGCUCUAUCAGCAACUUGAUGGGGAAUCAGUUCAUGAAGCGUGGGAGCGCUAUAAGGAGAUGCAGAGGCAAGUUCCGCAUCAUAACAUCACUCGAGAGAAUCUGAUCCAAACCUUUUAUAAUGGAGCAACUGAACUGGGGAGAAGCACGAUUGACGCAGGUGCAGGAGGGUCUCUGAUGAGAAAAACGGCGGAUGAAGCAUUCGAUCUGUUAGAUGAGAUGGCAGUAAAUGGCUGUUUUUGGCCAUCGGAAAGGGCGAAGGCACCUGCGCAGAGAGGAGUUAUGUCAGUUACUGCUGAUUCUGCAAUGGAGGCUUUAAAAUCGAAGACUGCAGCAUUGCAAAAUCAAGUGGAUUUUCUUACACGGCAGGCUGCAGGAGUUAAUAUUAACAGUGUAGCUGCCAUUCAGAGUAACUGCGAGGUAUGUGGGGAGCAUGGUCAUAUGUCGAAUGAAUGUUCUGUAUGGGGUCAGCCUAACAAUGAACAAGUUAAUUUUGUGGGAGGGCAAAGACAGGGCAAUGAUCCAUACGCUUCAACUUACAACCCAGGAUGGAGGAAUCACCCGAAUUUCUCAUGGAAGGACAAUGGGGGUAAUGCCAACAAUCAGGCAGGUCCGAGCUUUCAGGGCGGACAGAGGCCACAACACAAUCAGGGCAACUACCAGAAUCAAGGGAACUUUCAGAAUCAAGGGAAUUUCCAACAUCAGAAUAACCGACCGCAGCAUCCUCCUGGCUUCCAACAAAGAGAGCAAGGCGAGUCUCUCCACAGCAAGUUUGAUAAAUUGAUGGAGAUGAUGAUGAAGAAGGAUGCCGAGACGCAGCAAACAUUUAAAAAUCAUGCUGCUACAAUUCAUAACCUUGAGGUGCAGAAUCAGCAGAUGGCUAAAGCACUGCAAAGCAGAAGUCAGGGGGGUUUACCAUCCACUACUGAGGAAAACCCCAGAGAGCAUCUCAAGGCUAUUGAGUUGAGAAGUGGGAAAGCACUGGAUGAUCCAUAUGCAGGACGUGCUACAGUUGAGGCGGAAAAGGAACAGUGUGAGGGUGGCGAGCCUGAAAAGGUAGUUGCUAAACCACCUCCACCACCUCCUUUUGUGCCAAAGGUGCCAUUCCCACACAGAGUGAAGAAGCCGCAGGACACUUGGAAGUUUCACAAAUUUCUUGAAACUUUCAAGAAGCUACAGAUUAACAUCAGUCUGGCAGACGCAUUGAGAGAGAUGCCGCACUAUGCAAAGUUUCUCAAGGAGAUCAUCACCAACAAGCGGAGUUGGGAUGCAGAGGGACCAGUACCGAUGACAGAAAACUGCAGCUCAAUCAUAUUGAGCAGUCUACCGACCAAGCUUAAGGAUCCAGGAAGUUUCACUAUCCCUUGUACUAUCGGUAACAUGCAGUCUGUUAAUUGCCUUUGCGAUUUAGGUGCUAGUAUUAAUUUGAUGCCCUUAUCCCUUUUUCGUAGUAUGUUUGGUGAUCAACAGGUACAGGCUACGCCGAUGAUGUUGCAGCUAGCGGAUCACUCUCUGAAAAAGCCACAUGGGAUUGUGGAGGAUGUCCUAGUGAAGGUCAACAAAUUCAUAUUCCCUGUGGAUUUUGUUGUCCUUGACUACGCAGCGGACAAGGAGUGCCCGAUGAUAUUGGGGCGACCAUUCAUGAACACUGGCAGAGCUCUUAUCGAUGUUCAUGAUGGAAAGUUGACUCUGAGAAUUGGGGAUGAGAGAGUUGAGUUCGACAUGAGAAAGAUCACACGCCAUCCCAAUUCUGGAGGUGAAUGCAUGCGGGUAGACAUGGUGGAUGAGUUAGUGGAAGAACAACUGGCAGAAACCAAUGCCAUCCUGCAGUCUAUGCCGAAUGAAAGGGAGGAGUACUUAGAGGAACCAGUCCUCGAACCACUGUUGAAAAGCAAGCACAUCACUCCUCCCUCCUCUGAGAAGCCACCAAAAGUGGAGCUCAAGACUUUGCCUGCACACUUACGAUAUGCCUUCUUGGGAGCGGAUGGCACUUUGCCCAUUAUCGUCAGCAACAAGCUCACCAAGAAGCAAGAGCAGAGAGUCAUUGAGGUAGUCAAGGGACGUAUCUUGGCUAUUGGGUGGCAGAUUUCAGAUAUCAGGGGGAUCAGCCCUUCAGUAGUGAUGCAUCGGAUUCAUUUGGAGGAUGAGUCUAAGGCAUCUGCGCAGAGACAGAGACGGCUGAACCCUAACAUGAAAGAGGUGGUUCACAAGGAGAUUGUGAAGCUACUUGAUGCGGGCAUCAUCUAUCCCAUUUCUGAUAGUUCAUGGGUGAGCCCAAUUCAGUGUGUGCCGAAGAAAGGCGGGAUGACAGUUGUAGAGAAUGAGAAAGGGGAACAGAUUUCUACUCGCACGGUUACUGGGUGGCGAGUGUGCAUUGACUACAGGAAGCUGAAUGCCGAAACUAGGAAGGAUCACUUCCCGCUUCCUUUUAUUGAUCAGAUGCUAGAGCGAGUGGCAGGACAUGCAUUUUACUGUUUUUUGGAUGGUUACUCUGGGUACAAUCAGAUCAUUAUCUUCCCAGAGGACCAAGAGAAGACUACCUUUACUUGUCCAUAUGGCACUUUCGCCUACCGCCGCAUGCCGUUCGGUCUUUGCAAUGCGCCUGCUACGUUUCAGAGGUGCAUGACUUCGAUCUUUAAUGAUAUGAUCGAAGACAUCAUGGAAGUAUUCAUGGACGAUUUUUCAGUCUUUGGAGACUCCUUCGAGUGUUGUCUUCGUAAUUUAGACCGGGUCCUGCAGAGAUGCGAGGAGACAAAUCUAGUGCUGAACUGGGAAAAAUGCCACUUCAUGGUUGAGGAGGGCAUUGUUUUGGGGCACAAGAUAUCCAGAGAGGGUAUCGAGGUUGACAGGGCAAAGACAGAGGUGAUUGAGAAGCUUCCACCUCCAAUCACAGUGAAGGGAGUCCGUGCCUUCCUCGGGCACGCAGGUUUUUAUCGCAGGUUCAUCAAGGAUUUUUCUUCCAUAGCGCGUCCUUUGACUACCUUACUUGUCAAGGACGCGCCCUUUUUGUUUACUGAUGCCUGUUUAGCUUCUUUUCUCAGGUUAAAGGAAGCACUGGUCACUGCCCCAGUCAUCUCUAGUCCGGAUUGGGAUCUGCCCUUUGAGAUCAUGUGCGAUGCGAGCGAUCAGGCGCUGGGAAGCAUUCUGGGGCAGAGGAAGGACAAGAAGCUGCAUGUCAUCUAUUAUGCGAGUCGCACUUUAACAGGAGCUCAGCUGAACUACACUACCACGGAGAAGGAAAUGCUAGCGGUAGUGUUUUCACUGGAUAAAUUUAGGCAGUAUCUACUUGGCUCAAAGGUUAUCAUUUAUACUGAUCAUGCUGCGCUGCGAUACCUUUUUGCCAAGCAAGAUGCAAAGCCUAGGUUGAUUCGGUGGGUCUUGCUCCUGCAAGAGUUUGAUCUGGAGAUCAGAGACAAGAAGGGCACGGAGAAUGUGGUAGCAGACCACUUGUCACGGUUAGAGGUUCCCGAGCCAGUGAUAGAAGGCGAAGUCAUCAACGAAAGGUUUCCUGAUGAGGCUCUCAUGCUCAUUAAGGAGACGAUGAAUCCAUGGUAUGCAGAUUUCGCCAACUAUCUAUCAGCUGACAUUAUGCCUCCUGACAUGAGCAGUCACCAGCGCAAGAAGUUCCUCUCUGAUGUUAAGCGCUAUCUGUGGGAUGAGCCAUACCUAUUUCGAGUGUGUGCAGAUGAUAUGAUCCGGAGAUGUGUUGCAGAGGAAGAAAUGUUGGCCAUUAUGACUCAGUGCCAUUCUUCAGAUUAUGGGGGUCACUAUGCUUCGGGUAGGACAGCAGCACGAGUCCUAGAGAGUGGUUUCUACUGGCCUACACUGCACAGGGAUGUGAGAGAUUUUGUGCAGCACUGUGACAGAUGCCAGCGCACUGGCAAUAUAUCAAGGCGGGACGAAAUGCCUCUUUCUUCUAUUCAGGAGGUUGAGAUUUUUGAUGUCUGGGGUAUUGACUUUAUGGGACCUUUCCCUGUGUCCUGUGGGAACUUAUACAUUCUGGUGUGUGUCGACUAUGUGUCGAAGUGGGUGGAAGCAGCAGCUUUGCCCACUAAUGAUGGAAAAGUGGUUAUUAAGUUUCUGAAGAAGUUGAUAAAUCGAUUUGGGGUGCCACGGGCGAUCAUUAGUGAUGGAGGAUCACACUUUUGCAAUCAGCAGUUCACCGCCUUGAUGAAGAAAUACCAUGUGUAUCACAGAGUGGCAACUCCAUAUCACCCUCAGACUAGUGGACAGGUUGAAGUGUCCAAUAGAGAGUUGAAGCGCAUUCUUGAAAAGACAGUGAAUGGCUCUCGAAAGGACUGGUCUCAAAAACUGGAUGACGCAUUGUGGGCGUAUCGGACAGCAUUCAAAACGCCUACUGGUAUGUCACCUUACAGGCUAGUCUAUGGGAAGGCGUGUCACUUGCCUCUCGAGUUAGAGCAUCGCGCAUACUGGGCCAUUAAAGAGUUAAAUUUUGACCCUCGACUCUCGAAGCAGAGGCGCCUUUUGCAACUGAAUGAACUUGAUGAGUUUCGCUUGUCGGCAUAUGAGAAUGCCAAGUUGUAUAAGGAAAAGACCAAGAAAUGGCACGACGCUCAUAUCGUGCCUAAGCAGUUUACAGAAGGCAGUCAUGUGCUACUGUACAACUCUCGCCUGCGCUUAUUCCCUGGCAAGUUGAAAUCGAGAUGGAGCGGACCCUUCAAGGUGCGACAUGUAGCUGAGCAUGGCGCAAUCGAGCUCGAAAAUGUGAGUGGGGAGACGUUUAAAGUCAAUGGACAGCGGUGUAAACCGUAUUUAGUUCAGAUUGAUCCGGGUAUUGGUGUUGGUGAUGUGCAGGUCGGAGCAGAAGAGUAA